CACAGUCAUGGGGAGUCAAUGUGGGCAUUGAAGUCGCAGACAUGAGAACAGCUACUCUGUGUUUACUAUCAUUUAUUCUGUUCACGUUAACUUCCACUUGCUCAGGAUACCAUGUUUCGAAUAGCCUGACAAGCUCAUCCAAUGAAAAUUCGGAAAACUUGUUGGUCAGAGAAAAGCGGCAGAUUGAAAAUUUUGAUACUGAUGACCUUCCGACAACGCCUAGUGAUAAUGUACAAGACGAAAGUAGUUUCUGGGACAGAAUAGUUAAAGUAGCUCUUAGAUUGUUUAGUAAAUUUGUAGAAUGGUUGAAUUCCUAAUUAUUAUUAUAAAUUAGUUACUAAUGAAAAUAUGGUGAAGUUAUUCAGUAUUAUAUAUCCUUAUUGCGCUUGAA